GUAAACUGUCGACCUGCUGAUGUUGCUCAGUGAAUAUUUACGCUAGCACAGAUAAACUUUCUAAUGGAGACAAUUACAAGUUUACUUGGGAUUGAGUGGCUGGACUGGAAAAGUAUUUUGAUAUUUUCCCUUGUUUUCUUGUUAUUAGCUGAUGUUUUGAACAACAGAGUGCCCUCAAACUUUCCCCCGGGACCGUGGGCUCUUCCUCUGAUCGGUAACCUUCAUCAGAUCCAGCCAAGCAGACUUUACCUGCAGUUCACCGAGUUUGCAGGGAAGUAUGGGAAGAUUUUCAGUGUUCGACUCUUUGGUGGAAGGAUUGUGGUCCUUAAUGGCUACGACCUUCUGAGGGAGGCCCUGGUUCAAAGAGGAGAGGACUACGUGGAUCGCCCCAUAGUACCACUUUUUACAGACAUUGGUGGGAAUAAAGGUCUGGUGGUAUCAAAUGGCAAUCCAUGGAAGCAACAGAGGAGAUUUGCUCUUCAUACACUGAGAAACUUUGGAGUGGGCAAGAAAUCCCUGGAGCCAUCCAUCCAGCAGGAGUGCCAAUAUCUCGCUGAGGCUUUUGCCAGUUAUCAAGGCCGGCCUUUCAAUGCCCAGCAACUGCUAUCCAAUGCUGUGUCCAAUGUCAUCUGCUGCCUGGUGUUUGGGGAGCGUUAUGAGUACACUGACAAGCAGUUCCAGAGUAUUCUUCACGCCUUCAAUGAGAUUGUGUAUGUGCAGGGAACUCUAGGUGCACAGAUGUAUAACAUGAUGCCGUGGCUGAUGAAGUGGCUUCCUGGAUCUCACCAGAAGUUUUUUACAUUGGCACAGAAGGUCAUUGACUUCAUUAAAAUUAAAAUCAGAGAACACAAGGACAGCUUUGAUUCCUCUUCACCAAGAGACUACAUUGACUGCUUCCUCGCAGAGAUGGGAGAGAAGGAGGACCAAGAGUCUGGUUUUGAUAUUGAGAAUUUGUGUUUUUGCACUCUUGACCUGUUUGGUGCCGGAACUGAAACUACUGCCACUACUUUACACUGGGGACUGCUUUACAUGAUCUACUACCCUCAAAUACAAGAGAAAGUCCAGGCUGAGAUUGAUGCCAUCAUUGGUCCAUCCAGAGUACCUUCACUAAGUGACAGAGAAAACAUGCCCUACACUAACGCAGUCAUCCAUGAAAUCCAGAGAAUGGGGAACAUUGUUCCAUUAAAUGUGGUUCGCAUGGCAUCCAAGGACACCACACUGGACAAGUACACAAUCCCAAAGGGCACCAUGGUCAUGGCCACCCUGAAUUCUGUUCUACAUGAUGAGACCAUGUGGGAAACUCCACAUUCCUUCAACCCUCAGCACUUCCUGGAUCAAAAUGGCCAAUUUAGGAGGAGAGAUGCCUUCCUUCCCUUUUCAGCAGGGAAGCGUGUGUGUCUUGGGGAGCAGCUGGCCAGGAUGGAAUUAUUCCUCUUUUUCACUUCCCUUCUUCAGAGGUUUUCUUUCACUGCACCUGAAGGAGAGCAGCCCAGUCUGGAGUUCAAGCUUGGAGGCACUCGCUGUCCCAAACCUUACCGCCUCUGCGCUGUAUUAAAAUAAACUGACGACUGUCUGAGAGUAACAAUCUAUGGUCCACAUGCAGACAACACUGUUCUGGCAUAUUUACAUUUAGGAUAAUAAUAGAAACCUUCUAUACUCUUCCUGUAAUUAAAGUUAAACUUUACCAGAAAAUAUUUUACUCUUUACUUCCUGCUAAAUAGACCUUCUAUGAACACUUAUGACAGAUGUGCUCAAAUAUGUUUUGUCAGAUAAUCACUCAGAACUUCAUUUAUGAUCAUUCAGUUACAAACUGAAUUUGCUAGAUUUAAUGAAUGAGUGUUAACAUAACUGGUCGCUGCAUGUGCUUCUUUCAGACUGCUAUUUGCUCAUGUUCUCACUGUAAUUUGGGCUGAUUUCUCAGAUUAGAGAAUCAACAAGCACAUGUACAUUACUGUGUAAUUUUUAAAAUCUAAUAUGCAACAAACUGGACCUGCUGGACAAAUUAUGUCU